CUAUUUUCUAAUUCAACCUGAUAUCUUACAUAAACCUUGGUUUCGAAAAGCGAAGUAUGGAAGGACUGCUACAAGUACUCUUUCACGUAUGCGUCUUGGACAUGUUUGUUCUCCAGCACAUUUAGCCAAACUUGGAAUCAUUAAUGAUGCUGCCUGCGAGUGUGGGAUGGAUACUGGAGAUUUAAACCAUAUCUUUUUUGCUUGUAUACGUUACGAUCGCACGGUCUUCCUUAAUGACCUAUUGUCUCUCCGUGUUCCUUUCCCGACAUCAAUCGUUUCCUUACUAUCCACUAAUAACCUAUCCAUUUAUAAUUGCAUAGUAUCAUAUAUAAUUUUAAAUAAUAUUAAACUCUAACCUAUUCUAUAUAUGUAUUAUAAAAUUGUGUAAAUAUAUCUUCCUUCUCCUAAUUCCUAAGCCUCCUGAACCUAUCCCAUAAAAAAUCCGUUCCAACUUCUAUUUCCUUUCGUUUCCGUUUCCCAAACUUUGACAAUGGCUAAGCACAAACAGUGCAAGCCAAAUAAAAAAAAAAAAAAAAAAAAAAAAAAAAAAAUAAUUUGAGUUUAACAAAAAAUGUCCACGAAGAUCUUAGGACUUUAAAAACUUUUGCAGAAUAUUGUUUAGUAUCUGGCGACUAUCAGUACUAUCAUUAUAAAUGUGAUGGAUUUGACGAUAGAGGUUGGGGUUGUGGUUACAGAACACUCCAAACAAUAUGCUCAUGGAUGAAUGAAAACUACAGUGAUAAACAAAGCGUACCUUCUAUACCAAAAAUCCAAGAGACAUUAGUUCAAAUCAAUGAUAAACCAAAAUCGUUUUUGAAUUCAAAGCAAUGGAUUGGAAGUUUUGAAGCUUGUUUAGUGAUAGACACAUAUUAUGACGUUCCAUGUAAAAUCAUUCAUGUCAAUAAAGGAGAUGAACUUAGUUACAUUGUAGAUACUCUGAUGGACCACUUCAAGAAGUUUGGAAGCCCAGUGAUGAUGGGCGGCGAUAUAGAUUGCUCUUCAAAAGGCAUUAUGGGUAUCCAAGUUGUCGAUGGUGAUGCCAGUUUAUUAGUAGUGGUAGGUAUUUUCUUUCGAUUGUAGUAUUACACUGCACCAACCCAUCAUAAACUUGAACUUAUUAUAGGGCCUAUUGCGCCUAUUGUGAAAGGUCAUGGGUUCGAAUCCCAUCUCAGGGUGCCAGGGACCAAGGGGAAUAUUUUUCGGUAUAGCAUUGUGAAUGUGAAAUUGAUAACAUAUAAUAAUAAUUAGAACAGAUUCUUAUCAAUAUUUGUAAUAAUAUUUUUUUCAGCUGUUUGGGUGGAUGCCUGAACAUUGAUAAGAAUACGCUCUAUAGUAGCGAAAAGUAACAAGUGCUUGAAAGAUUUGUCAGUCCUGUUAGGUCCUGGGUAGCUCAGCAGUUAGAGCAGUCGCCGGAUUGGGAAAGGUUGUGGGUUCGAAUGCCAUCUCAGGAUGCCAGGGACCAAGUGGAUUUUUUAAGUAUUUUGUAUUAAGAACAUUGUGCAAUUCCUCAUAAAUCUUAAAGGAAAAGAUUGCUCAGUUUGAGAGAGGUUGCUUCACUAUUUCUUUAAUCAAAUAAAAAAAAACUGAUGUUACAGAACAUGUUAUACAAAUUUCUCCCAUCACUGUAAUAAUUUGUAACAUUUUACAAAACUCCAAAUUGUAUAAUAUAUCCUAUAGGAAACUACGGAUCUAGAUAUGAUUGAUCAAUGGCUUUGUAAAUUGUAUGCAAUAAACCAACAAGGAGCUAGUUGGUGCAGAGAUUAGCACAUUACACAGACUUAGCAACUAUUGCAAUAGAGGGUCACAGGAUGGAUGACUGCAAAUUUAUUAUUCAGAGUCCCUCAUACUUUAGAAGGUAUAUCAAUUUGCACCAGAUGCUUUCAGUGGCGGGUCUAUAACAACCUGUUUAAUUUUCUUAGGGAGAGAGUCUGUCCCCACAGUAGGGCCAUUACUACGGUGAUGAUGAAUAUAUAUACUUACAGAAAUACACUUAUUUCACAGGACCCUCAUUAUGUUGGUAAAGAAGAGUCAAAAGAAUUUCUCCAAAGGAAAGGUUGGGUAAAGUGGCAACCACUGAAAGAUUUCAUUAGCUCUUCAUUUUACAAUCUAUGCUUGCCGCAGAUAAAAAGUAUAAAGGCCAGUUAAAAAUAAUAUUUUUUAGUGUAAAUAAAUCAGUCUUUAUUUUUACAACAUAUGCAAUAAUAUCAUAAAGUAAAAUAAUUAAAAUAGAAAUAAAAUUGAGAUUGGAAAUCUCUCUAAAUUAAAAUUAAUUUUUGUACCUCUUGGGCCUUUGUAAUUUAAUAUGUAAUAAUACUCUAUGAAAUAAAUAUUUUCCUAACUACAUGUAAUUCUAUUAUUUCUUACAAAGAAAUUAAAAUAUAAAGUACAUAUAAUUAAGGGCGGAUCCAAAACUCGAAAAAUUAGCCAACCGAA